AUGGACGUGGCGUCAGGUGCAUUAGCCCUGUCGCCCGCACCGAAAAUGCGUGGACCGCCGCCAUCGACAGGAGAUGCGUCGCCAUCAUCAAGCUCAGGCACAGACGUGCCGGACUUUGACGAAAUGGCGCCUUCAGGGAUAGGUGGCGCUGAUAUCUCGAUGCCGAUGAAUGAGGCACCCACCCGGAGCACGUCCUUUGCUGAUCUCCCCCAUGAGAUUCUUCUGCACGUGUUUCGUUUCGCACUAGGAUCGCAGCAGGAUCUACAGGCUUGCCUUUUCGUGUGCCGCCGCUGGUGUGCGUGUGCCGUGCAAGUGUUGUGGUAUCGACCGUCGUGUCACAAACGAUCUGCGAUUUUCCAGCUCAUCGAUGUGAUGGACCGACCUGAUUCGUCUUUUCCAUACGCAAGCUAUAUACGACGCCUCAACUUUAGCAUGCUCGCUGGCGAGCUCGACGACCAAUUGUUUAGGCGCAUGGCUGCGUGCCACCGACUAGAACGCCUCACGUUAUCAGGCUGCUCAGAACUUACAGAACCAUCAUUGGCAUAUGUUCUGAGCCAUAUGCCCCAGCUUGUCGCUAUAGACCUGAGUGGCGUCACGCAUGUGACGGACAACACGCUAAAUGUGCUGGCGACAACUUGUUCUCGUCUGCAAGGAGCCAACUUGACGGGGUGCUACCGAAUCACAAGUCGUGGCGUCCGGUCGAUCGCGCAGCAUUGUCCGAUGCUCCGACGUAUCAAGCUAGGGGCAUGUACGCAGGUACAUGGUGACGCACUUGUUGACAUGCUCGAAAAGUGUCCCCUGCUUUUGGAGGCGGACUUGGUACAGUGCCCCCGGAUGGACGAUGCAAGCGUACGUGAAGUCUGGCUGCGCAACACGCAGCUGCGUGAGCUAAAGCUCGCGAACAACCACACGCUCACGGAUCAUGCCUUUCCCACUUCAGCGUUGCGCGAUACAUGGACGAUCCCGCGUGCAUUCCUCGUGUGUGAGAACCUGCGCAUGAUUGAUUUGACAUGCUGCACGCUCCUGACCGACGAGACCGUGCGCGCAAUUGUCGAGCACGCGCCGCGCUUGCGGAAUGUAUCGCUAGCCAAGUGCGUGCGUCUCACUGACCAAGGCGUAUAUGCACUCAGUGAGCUCGGCCGCCAUCUACAACACCUGCACCUUGCGCAUGUGUCGAAUGUGACGGACCGAGCGAUCAUCCGUCUUGCUCAUCAGUGCACGCGGAUCCGGUACUUGGACCUUGCUUGCUGUACGCAGUUGACCGACGAGAGCGUGUUUGCCCUUGCGUCGCAGCUGCCGAAACUUCGUCGGAUUGGCCUUGUUCGUGUAGCUCAGCUGACGGACCGGGCAAUCUAUGCCUUGGUCGAGCACUAUACGAAUCUGGAGCGCGUCCAUCUCUCGUACUGCGAGCACAUUCAAGUGCCAGCCAUUUUCUGGCUCACACUGCGUUUGCCGCGCCUGUCGCACCUCAGUCUCACAGGCGUGCCGGCCUUCCGAUGUGUUGAGCUCCAGUCGAUGUGUCGUCCGCCCCCAAAAGAGUUCAAUCAGCACCAGCGUCAAUCAUUCUGCGUGUACAGUGGACGCGGUGUGCAUGAGCUCCGCCGGUUUCUUCAGCACGUCUAUGCAGACGAAGCGCUCGCUCGGCAGUUUGGGCCUCUGCAUCCUGACCGGAACCGCGUCUUUCAGGCUGGCCUGGCGCGGCAGCAAGCGGCACAGGCGGCACUGGAGGCCCCGGACACUGUGCGCGCUGCACCGGCCGCGCCCUCGUCUGUGCCGACUCCGACUACCUAUGCAUGGUCCCGUCCCAGUCUCACACCGCGUUCGCGCCUCCAUUCCCCUUCCUAG